AUUCGCGGAGAGCUAGCCAUCUUGCUGAAUAUCGACGAUGAGAGUUAUGGAUAUUUGAGUUUAGAGUCACGGGAGCUGAGGAACAUGUUUAAUCGACAGGUCACAGAACUACAUUCUACUCGCUCUCGUGUAGCAAACGAUGACAAGGAAGAGCAAAAACAGUUGCAAAUGCCAUUGGAUGGAGGAAAGGAACCAAUCUUGGAGUGGGUCCCUGUUUCAUCACUCGGGCAAUACCAAAGCGAUGUCGUCAUCGAUCCAAACAUUAGUAAUAUGAAUCCACCAAGAAAGCGGGCAACUAGCACGAUUGAAAAAAUGGAAAAGGCACUACAGCAAAGUUCGGAUAGUAAAUCCCUUCCAGGCACCUUUCCACAUUGGAGGAUACAUCCACAUUUACGUAAAGAGCUGAUGCAUAAACCAGGAUCAAGAAGAUACACAGACGAUAACGACGCUUUCGAAGAAAUUGUUCUGAAUUUUCCUCGACAAUUUCCUGAAGAAAAACGAGCAGUAUGUUUGGCAUCUGUCGAGGACUGGGUGCAUCAAAAGUUAUCUGAAGGAUGUUCAAGCGAUAAUAUGCCCACGGUUAUGAUGUAG